ACCAUUCAGCCCCCGCAAGCUGGAAGGAAGGAUGGAGAGAGUGGAGGGGGGCAGUGGGGUGGGUGGACACCAGGUUCUUUCUUUGCCCCUCUUUUUCAUCUCCUCUCUCUGUCUCUGUGGCGGUGCAGGUGUCCCUUUCUGGCCUGUCCCUCGCUCCUUCUUUCUGUUGCUGUUUCUUUUCAUGGAUGCACACACAGACAUGUAUAUAUGCACACACUCGCACACAAAACACACACAGCGGACAAACAAGCAGCUCUAAUCCAUCACAGGCUGGCUUUUAUAGGUUAAAUUGUAGAAAAACACACAGCCCCCACAUACACAUUCACAUAAUACAGGCAGGUUGUGUUCUGUUGCUCUGCAGGUGCCUGGCAUGGUGAUUGCUCUUUUACUGCAGUUCCUGUCUGUCAUGUGUAAAAUUGUGCGAGUGUGAGUGUGGAUGCCAUAAUAGUAUUCACCAGGCAGACAACACCGGUUGCUCUAACCACUUGCUAUAACCUCCUCACUAUUCGCAUCCUUUCAUUUCAAAAACACUUCCUUUAUUUCCUUGUUUUGAACAUGGCAUCAUUCACUCUUUCUCUCUCUCUGUCUCCCUUUUCUCUGUAACUUCCCUUAAGGGGCAGGAUUAUAGAUAGAAUGUCAAAAUAGAGGAUGUGACUGUUUUGUAGCUUUUUGCCUUCUUGGGAGGGAGGAGAAGAGAACGAGUUAAUUGCAGCAUUAGCUCAUUACCUGUGUCUUCUCUUCCUCAUUUGCUCCCUAUGCUCUGAGAGUGUGGUCCAGCCAGAGACUGCAUGGCAGAGAUGUCUACUUGGACAGAUCUGUUAUCCUAGGACAGUAUCAGUCAAAGGAUAUCAAGAGGAUUCACACGAUCAUAUUUUGUUUGCUUUAGAUUUCUUUUGUAUUUUAUUCAUUGUUUUUUGCCUGCCAGUUACUUAGUGGAUGAGUGUGGACUCAGAAACUUCUUCACUGGAGGUUAAAUUCUAGAACUGUUAUUGGAUUAAUCCAAGUGGAAGUGUUUUGAAUCAAGAAUCAAUAGCAGUAAUUAUUUCUAUCCUGGCUGGACUUAGACUCUCCUGGAUCUAUUGCUGUGAUUUAGCUCUGUAUUGGACUUUUGUGAGCAUAUCAUUGAUCUGUGGUGCAAGUGCAGUUUUGAGGGGGUGUUUUUAAGACCUCAGAAGCAUGCAGCCUGUGUCUAGUCUCAGGGGCAUUGGACACAGAGAGGGCACAUUUUAUGAGCUCAUGCCCAGAUCAGGAAUGGUUACAGGAGUUACAGGAGUUGGAGGAUCAGGUUCUAGCUCUGGGGGUCUCCAGAGCCCUCAGAGACACCCUAAAUUUCCUCGAGAGCUCAGCUUAGAGGAGCAGCAGGAACUCAGACGGAAAAUCAACAGCCGUGAGAGGAAGAGAAUGCAAGAUUUAAACUUGGCCAUGGAUGCUUUGAGGGAGGUGAUGGUACCAUACUCUUCUUCCACAACCUCAUCCUUGGGGGCAGGAGCAGGGUUGCAGCAUCCUUAUCUACCCCUUGGAGCUUCUUCGAACGGCCGCCGUCUUUCAAAGAUCUCCACGCUGGUCUUGGCCCGCAACUACAUCCUGCUCCUUGGCUCCUCCCUCCAGGAGAUGAGGCGGCUGCUAGGUGAGGUCAGUAUCGGGGGGACUGUACCACACCUGCUUCUGACAAGAGGGUGGCCAUUUUUCACUGGUCCAGGACAGCUCUUGCUCAGCUCAGCAGAACAGCAACUUGGACUGGCCCAGUGUUCCUCACUGCCACUGAACAGUGCCCCAACUCCAGAGGACUCUGUACCAUGGGGGUCACGGGGGGUGACAGGGGGACCACUAUGCCCCUGCCGAGUGUGUCGGGUACCAAGAGUGGUUCAUGCAACUCCUACAUCUCGCUUCCAGAAAUGACUAAACUUAUGAGGGAAUGACAAUAAUUGCUCCUUUCAAAAAAUUACUUUCAUAAAGGCAAAUCAGUUGACUUCUUUUGUUACUCCUGAUUGUGUAAAUAAUUUUUUAUAAAUUGAUAAUAAAACAAUGUAGUGUAAUGUCCACUUCAAAAUAAAUGUAGCAACAUUUCUUUCAUUUUUAUUUUACUUUUGUCAAAAGUGUAUUUUGAAAAAGUACACUUGUUUCGGAAAUUAACUUUAAUAGUUAAAUAAUCUUGUUAGUUAAAUGUGCAAAGAUGGAAAAAAUUGCCAUUUUAU